AACUUCUCUCAGCGAAGCAUCUGACAAGCUUUGAAUGUUUCUGGAGGUUUUGUAUAUCUUUGUGGUGUUACAACUGAACCAGAGAUAUGUCUGGGACCAAACUAUCCUGUGAGGAGCUUCCGGACUCUGAUCCAGAGGACACGUCAGAGGAGCUGACAGAGGUGGUGUGUCUGGAGUCAGACCUGCAGGAUGGACAGAUGAUGGAGGUUGAAGUGGGACAGCACAGCGUGCUGUUAACACGUAGCGAGGGCCAAUACAGUGCCAUUGGUAACCAGUGUACACACUAUGGAGCUCCACUCAGCAAAGGGGUUAUUUCAGGCAACACAGUGCGCUGUCCGUGGCAUGGCGCCUGUUUCAACGUCCAUACAGGAGAUUUGGAAGAGUUCCCCGGUAUGGACUGCUUACCCUGCCACAAGGUCAAAAUUCAAAACAGCAAAGUGUAUGUGUCUGUAAACAAAAAGACUCUCAGGCAGGAAAAAAGAAUAAAGAGAAUGGGAACUGCAGUACCAGGAGACUCUCACACUGUUCUACUGCUGGGAGGAGGAGCUGCGUCGCUGAUCUGCGCUGAGACUCUGCGGCAGGAAAACUUUGGCGGCAGAAUCAUCAUGGUCACCAGAGACGACCUUUUACCUUAUGACAAAACACGACUCAGCAAGGUAAUGAAUGUGGAGAAUGACAGUAUUCUGCUGAGGAGGAUGGAGUUCUUCCAGCAGUACGAUAUCGAGGUGUGGCUCAGGAAAGAAGCGGUGUCAGUGGACACAGACAAGAAGAAAGUCACAUUUGACGAUGGUUCAGUCGAGAGCUAUGACCAGCUCCUCAUCUCAACAGGCUGCAGAGCGAAGGAUCUGGAUGUGCCUGGCAUGAAGUUGAAAAACGUCUUGAUGUUGGAAACACCAGAGGAUGCCCGCCAAAUCCAUACAGCCUGUCUUGGCUGCAACGUCGUCCUCGUGGGAACCUCUUUUGUCGGUAUGGAAGUUGCAUCUUAUUUGAUAGACAAAUCCUCCAAUAUCACAGUGAUCGGCAGCAGUGAGCUGCCGUACCAGAACACACUGGGUCGGGAAGUUGGCAAAGUCACUAUGACGAUGCUGUCAGAGAAAAAUGUGAAAUUCUACAUGAACGAUAUUGUGAUGGAGAUCAAAGGUGUGGAUGGCAAGGUGAAGGAGGUUGUGCUGAAAAGUGGAAACGUCAUCCCUGCGGAUGUUUUGAUUGUUGGCAUUGGCAUCAAACCGAACUCAGAGUUCCUGCGGGGCAGCAAAAUACAGAUGGACUCAAAAAACUUUGUAACAGUCGACAAGUACAUGCGCACCAAUGUCCCCAGUGUGUACUGUGGGGGCGACCUGGCCACCUUCCCCCUGGCGAUGGCCAAAAACCGGCUGGUCAACAUUGGACACUGGCAGAUGGCACAAGCACAUGCGAGAAUAGCAGCUCUGAACAUGCUGGAUAAACCUACUGAACUCAGCUCAGUUCCUUUCUACUGGACCGUCCUACUGGGUAAAACCAUUCGAUAUGCAGGCUAUGGGGAGGGAUACACUGACAUCGUAAUUAAAGGAAAGUUUGAGGACAGGAAGUUCCUGGCAUUGUACAUCAAGAAUGAUGAGGUCAUAGCAGCAGCGAGCCUAAACUACGACCCAGCAGUGUCUGCAGUAGCCGAGAGGUUUGCAGCAGGAAAAAUCAUUACGAAGAAAGAGGCGGAAUCAGAUGCCAUGAGCUGGCUGCAGUUGUCCCAAUCUACACUUUCCUCCGCUCUUUCACUCAACACGUCAUCUGUACAACGUUGACACGCAGCCAGAAUGUCAUUCAUCUGUCUCUUCGUCACCACCACCAAUCUCACCAAGGACAGAGAGUUUGGAGACCUGGAUUAAAGUGUUUGAUUCAGAAGAGACAGACUUCACACAAUCCACAGUGAAGUUUAUAUUUACAGUGUUGAAGUUUUGGAUUUUAACUGUAUGUCAUACACUCAGUGUUUAGGUGAGGGGGACUCCACCAUGCAAACAACAGAUACCUCAGAUGGAUGCAGACUUCUUUUAUUAUCUUAAUAUUUUUUUUAUUAUUUCUUUAAAGUUUUUAUUUUUUAUUUUAUUCGAUGGGUUUAUAUCUCCAGCGGUAUUUAAGUGACAGUCCAGAGACAUCACAUUUAGGAUGCCUCAGUAUGUUCUCUGCUUAUAAUCUUUAAAGGUCCCAU